UAAAAAUAAACAUAAUUUUAGUAAUUUUCAAUAUUUUUAAUUAAAUAUGGCGGGAAAUUAUUGAGAAAUGAACGGACUUUGACGUACAAUUUAUGAAAAAGUUUAAAUUUCAAAAAAAUAUUUUCAUUUUAGAAAACGAAGUAAAAAAUUUUACAUUGAAAAUUUAAAAGUUAAGAAAAAAAAAGUGUGAUUGGUUUUUUGUAAAUAUUUCUGUAAAUAUUGAGUUAUACGAAAAAUGGUAAUAGAGCUUUUUUGUAGAGCUUCAAAUUCUCUACAAAAAAGGUAUCGUGUAUUUUUUUCAAAAACUGAAUAGCUGAUGAGAUAUUUGCAAAAGAAUAGAAAAAUUUACUACUGGAUUAAGAGAAUCGAGAAAAUGGCCCGGAUUUUUUUAUCCCGGGUGACUGUUAAGGGUCAAAAUAUAAAUAAUAAAAUUUCUAUACUGCGCCUGGUCUUGGAAUUAUAUGAGAUUGUAAUUUAAUCGAGCAUGAAAUUCAAAAUAUAGUUCUAUUUUUAAGUUAUUUGAAUGAAAUAAAAAAAAUAAAUGAAGUCUGAUUGACUGUCAAAACCUUAAAACGUCAAAAGAAAUAAACUGAAGCUUUUUUGCUGAUGUAUAAGUUUAAAAAAAAAUAAAUUUACUAUUAUUUAUAAUAUUUUAUUUAUAUAUUUAAAUAAACUAUGACAUCGAGAGAUAAAAGUUAUUCUGAUAACGAUAAACAAAAUGGUAAGUACAGAAAGUUUAUUGAAAAAAGUACCGUACAAUUUGGAUGUGUUGAUUCAUCAAACGAGCCCUGGUUUUUAAUGUUAACAAAUCCGAUAAAAAUAACUGAGUUUGUAUUAACAUUAUUAUUAUUUGGUGUAGUCGUUUAUUUAAUUACAUUACCAGACCCAGGACUUCGUCAAACUACAAGUAUUUUUGUAAUAGGCAUUUCAAUUGCUUUCUUAUUUUUUGAUUCUAUUCAAAUCAUCGCGCAUUUUGCUGGAUCUGAUCUUCCAGAAUAUCCGAUGGUAUUUAUUAAUUUUCUCGGUGUAAUUUUUUAUCUGGCUGCGGGAUGUGCACUUCUUUAUACUGCGCCUGUACAAACUUGGGGACGUUUAACAUCUUUUAUGUUAUGUUUUAUGAUAAGUGUUGUUCACACUAUUGGAUUUCUUAUAAUAUUACUGAUAUGGCGUCAUAGAUUUUGUUCAAUGAAAAAAUGCCACCCAUUGUCUUACGGUCAAUCGGGUCAAAUAUUUUUUAAAAAUGACGGAGGUCCUUUUUUCCCCGGUAAUUGUAGCUGUGCUAUGGAAAAUAUAACAGCUGAAAUAAUUGAACCAUAUGAAUCUAAAAAUUAUCAAGUAUUUCAAAGACCUCAAUACACCGAGCGACACCACAGUGUACCAGAAUUAUCAUUGCAAAAGCAAACAGAAAUCCAAGCUGAAGUAGCACAUAAAUCUAGGACUGGGAGUCGACCCGAUGAUACGACACAAAGUGUUAAGUACAGCGAAGAUCUAGAUCAAACGGGAAAUCAAACCUGUGAUAUUUGCCAACGACCAUUACCAGAAAUAGCGCGAGCAUUAGAGACAACUUUUGGUCAAGCAGAUACUUCACAAUUUCCAUUAGCAUCAAGUUCACCAAAAUAUACUCAUCGUUCAAGUUCACCUCGAGCGAUAUCAACACCCCCACAUGGUUCUCAUAUCUCGUCUCCAGUGCGACAAAGUAUUCAAUCCAGCCUGCAAUAUACUAGAGGUCACCGUCCUGGGUUGCAUACCUACACCACAACUAUUCCUAACGCAAUUGUUGUAAAACCAGCACCUACUCCUCCACCUGCACCAACUGUUGCAAUAACAACAACUACUACUUCACCUACUCCUGCUCCUACUCAACCUACAUCACGAGCUGGUCCCUGUUGUGAAUUCUGUAAUUGUGCCUCGACGAUUUGCGGUAAAGUGCAUAAACUACAGCACAAUAAAUCACAAGAACAAGUACAACAAUCUCAACCGUCACAAGUUAAUCAAUUACAUUGGGCAUGUUUUACAACGGCUCCAGGAACAGAAACGGCUAUUUUUGAUGCUACUGGAAAACAAUUUGGAUGUGAUACUGGUUUAAACCCGAGUGAUAAACCAACCAUGGGCUAUAACGCGGCCUACAAUACUCGUCCACAAAUGAUGCAAGCUGCUGAGUUGUCAACCACAGUGGGUUCAAUACCAAAAUCUUUGAGUGACGGUUCAUCAUCAUCGUUUCAUGUUCAAAAAAAUAAGAGGACACAAACCAAAUCACAAGUAUAUAGAUCUGUAUCUGAAGGAAGCAGUGAUGAAAAUGAAAAAAAAAGAUAUAGUAAAUCAAAACGUAAAUCAAAAAAUAGUGAGUCGACGGAUAUAAAUAAAAUAAAUUCAAUACAAGAAACUUUUGAAGACAAUUAUGAUACGACAAAACCGACACAAGAGAAGGAGGAAGAACAUGAAAUUAAAAUUGAAACAGACAAAGAUGACAAAUCGAUAUCGAAUAGUCGAAAAAGAACUAAACCUUUGUACAGAGAAUCUUCUGAAAAAAAUGAUAUGACAGCGAAUAUUGAUAUUAGUAAUAAUAACGACGAUUUAAAUACAACAAGUAGGAGAAAUUCACAAUCAAACCAAGAAGACAUUAGUGACGAAUCACUCUUGAGAAUUAGAAAUACAAUAAGUCCAGUAUCGACACCAACUUCGUCUAAUCAACAGAUAAAGAGAAAUGAAGAUGACAUAAUUUAUGAUAAUAAUAAUCCUUUAUCAGGAACUCAAAGCAAUAGGUCGUCGUUACGUAACAGAGAACUCAUAGCCAAUAAAUUAUUUGAAACUAUUGAGGAAAAAAUCGAUAGUCUAUUCGAUGAUAAAAAUUCUUAAGAUAACUAAAAUAUAUGAUACGUAUAUUUAUUAAGAUUUAUUUAUAUUUAUUUUAAGACUGUAAACUUAUAAGAACGUUUUUUUUUUUUA